CAGUCAUGCAGGGAGCAUGACCGUCGGCUUGAAUUCAAAACCCCAGCAUCGCCGACUAGUCGAACGUUGAGUCAGUCUUUAGUCAGUUGCUCUCCGAAGCUCGUGGAGGAAUGUUGUGUUCAACAACUUCUCCCUCCGAUUAACAACACGCGCUUAAAAAAUUACAUUGGAUUUUUUUUCUAAGUAUCAACGAUUAAAAGGAUUUUUUUGGAAAAAUAUUUUCAGUGUUAUUUCGUGUUUUAUUUAUUAAGUCAAAAAAAAAGGAUAUCAGUGAUUGUGUCGUGUUUCAAAGAAUAUUCCCAUAUAGUGUUAUUAACAAAUUUUAGUGAUUUGAUUGGUGAGAGAUUAGAAUUAAUAUUCUAAUUCAAAAAAGUGGAGAGUAGAAAAGAACGACAGUGACAAUGUACGCGUGACAAGAUUUUUUUUCUUUUUCGCUCGGCGAUUUUUAAAAAAAUUUCUUUUGGUUCAAUGAUCAAAAGAUCACGUAAAAAUGGAUCUUGGACGAAUAGUGUUGCUGGUGGUGAUGUGUGUGGGAAUUGUUGCUGGCCGCAGUAUAAGCAGUUUGGAGGCGCCAAGAGGUUGCACUUGGCAGAAAGAGGGAAAAGAGCGAACACUCGUUUGUCGUUUGAGGACAAUCGCUAAUGCACCAGCUCUAGUUGGAAAUCUUUCCUCGGCACAAUCGGAUUCCAUUACGUCAUUACAAUUAGAAUGCAAUGAGGCAUUGUUCUUUGAGAGUCAAAUGAGUGAUGAACCGCGAGGCUUUUUGGCUCCACUUUCACGUUUAGAGAAACUUCGUAUGGAACAUUGUAAAAUACGCUAUCUACCUGGAGGCGCAUUUGCAUCGAGUCACAAAUUACGAAUUCUCGAGAUAAGAACGCAUAAUAGUGAAUGGUCAGCGACAACACUUGAUAUUAAUCGUGAUGCAUUACAGGGACUAUUGGAUCUCGAGAGGUUAGAUCUUGCUGAAAAUAAUAUAUGGACAUUACCACCCGAGUUGUUUUGUCCCACGCGAAACCUCGUCAGUUUAAAUCUCACGAGCAACAAGUUACAGGAUAUACCAUCGCUCGGCUUCUCCGAUUGGGAAUCAUCGUGUCCGUUACGUUUGAAAACAUUGGAUUUAAGUCGAAAUGACAUCAGUGCCUUGCCUGACAAUUCACUAAAUAGUCUUCGCAAUUUAACUGUAUUGAAAUUACAGAAUAAUAAAAUUGCAUCAGUUGGUGAUAAUGCAUUAAGUGGAAUGAUAAAUCUCAAAUCAUUGAAUAUGUCGAGUAAUAAUUUAGUUGCCCUACCGCCGGAUUUAUUCUCAUGGACAAAGGACUUGAGGGAAAUUGUGUUGAGCAAUAAUUCCCUCACUGUAUUAGCACCGGGUCUAUUGGAGAAUUUGGAGCAACUACAGUCACUUGAUUUGAGUAAUAAUAAAUUGACAAGUCAUUGGGUUAAUCGUGACACUUUCUCCCGUCUUACGCAUCUAGUCUUUCUUGAUUUGUCCUACAAUUCAUUGACAAAGAUUGACGUUCACGUUUUUAAGGGUUUGCGUAAUCUUCAAGUACUGAAACUCGAGCAUAAUGUGAUUGAAACACUAGCCAGUAAGUGUUUUUCAUCGCUUGUUAAUUUACGCUCAUUGACAUUGUCACACAAUAAAAUAUUCACAUUCGACGCAUCGCAUUCUGUGGGUCUCUCGAGUUUAGAACAAUUAUUCCUUGAUGACAAUCGAAUAAGGGGAAUUGAGGGACAUGCUUUUAAAAAUUUAAGCAAACUACAAGACUUGUCGUUGAGCGGAAAUGCACUGUCGGAUGUGCCGGAAGCAGUGAGAGAAUUACAGUCGUUGAAGACCCUUGAUCUCGGCAACAACCGCGUGUCUAGGAUCGAUAACGAGUCCUUUGUGGGAUUAAAUGAACUUUAUGGAUUACGUUUAGUGGACAAUAAAUUAGAGAACAUUUCGCGUUCUGCAUUCGCUUCAUUACCAUCCCUUCAGGUCUUAAAUCUCGCGAGUAAUAUGAUUCGUCACGUGGAGCCGGAUGCGUUUGCCAAAAAUACAGUGAUGCGCGCUAUUAGAUUGGAUAGUAACCAACUAACGGAAAUUCGCGGUGUUUUCGCUGGACUCUCAUCUUUAGUGUGGUUAAAUAUAUCGGACAAUAAAUUACUUUGGUUUGAUUACAGUGAUGUGCCGUCGAGUUUGACAUGGUUGGACAUGCACACAAAUCAGAUAAAUAAACUCGGCAAUUAUUAUGCACGUCAGGAUAAUUUGCAAAUAAAAAUGUUGGACGCGAGUUUUAAUUUGAUUACAGAAAUAUCGGAUAUUAAUGUGCCGAAUAGUGUUGAGACGUUAUUUUUGAAUAAUAAUAAGAUUCAUAAAAUUACGGCGGGUACGUUUUUGGAGAAGAGUAAUUUGGAUAAGGUCGUACUUUAUGGUAAUGAGAUACAGCAUUUGGAAGUUGGUGCACUUGAGUUGCAGAUAAUACCAGCAGAUCGACAGGUGCCGUCGUUUUACAUUGGAAAUAAUCCAAUUUUGUGUGAUUGUAGUAUGGAGUGGUUGCCACGGAUAAACGAAAUGGCAAGAUUACGACAGCAUCCACGUGUGAUGGAUCUUGAUUCUGUUACUUGUGAAAUGGUUCACGUACGUGCAUCACCACGGCGACCGUUAUUGUCCCUGAAGUCAAAGGAUUUUGUCUGCCGUUACGAGGCGCAUUGCUUCGAAUUGUGUCAUUGUUGUGAUUUCGAUGCGUGUGAUUGUGAAAUGACAUGUCCGGAUAAUUGCUCCUGUUAUCACGAUCACAGUUGGUCGAGUAACGUUGUCGAUUGUUCGAAUGCCGGUUAUCGAUUUGUGCCCGAUAGAAUACCGAUGGACGCGACUGAAAUUUAUCUCGAUGGAAAUGAUUUUGGUGAUUUGGGUAAUCACGUUUUCAUUGGGAAACGUCAUUUGGAGGUGUUGUAUUUGAAUAAUAGUGGAAUAUCGUCGAUUCAUAAUAAGACAUUCAAUGGUGUUGAGAUGCUGAAAGUGUUGCAUCUUGAGAGUAAUGCUUUGCGUGAACUUAAGGGAAGUGAAUUUAAUCAGUUGGAACGUAUGUCGGAGCUGUACUUGGACCAUAAUGCUAUUGCGAUGGUGGACAAUGCGACUUUUAAUAAUAUGAAGAAUCUUGAAUUGCUCAAGUUGGAUAACAAUAGAAUUGUGGACUUUAGACCGUGGGAUGCUUUAACUGACGCUGGACAUGGAGCGGCGGUAUCACUGGAGGGCAACACGUGGAGUUGCGAUUGUGGCAACGCUGCACGAUUGCGCAGAUGGCUGGCGCUACAUAAGGGCGAUCCGGAGAAAAUGUAUUGUAAGGAUGGUGCGGAGACGUUGGCGGAGGCAUUGAGACGUUGUGGUGAUCCAUCUACAGAGGCGGUGACUCAUGGGAUUCAGGAGGGACCAUUAGUUGGGGGGAAUUUCGUACCCCUUUUGGCUGGUGCUCUAGUCAUGGUGAUUGCUGUUUGUCUUUUUGUUGCCCUGGCUUUUGCUUUCCGUCAGGACGUGAGACUUUGGGCACAUGCAAGAUAUGGUCUGAGGUUGGGAAAAGUGGCGACACCACCCGAGGAGGAGAGGGACAGGCUCUAUGACGGCUACUUCAUCUACAGCGAGAGGGAUGAGGAUUUCGUGUCACGUUAUCUGGCGGCUGAAUUGGAACAAUCGGGACUUGCUCUCUGUUUGCAUUGGCGGGAUUUACCGCCGUCGAGAACGCAGGAGACACUUCCGUCAGCGGCGGCAGCUGCUCGGCGAAUUAUCAUCGCAUUUUCGCCAGUAUUUUUGACAAAGGAGUGGCAGAAUAUCGAAUUCCGCACGGCUCUUCACACCGCAUUGGAGAACAUCCGACCGGCUUCGAGGCGGAGGAGGAUCAUCAUUCUCCUGGCAACGGAAGCUCCACUGCGUGAUCCGGAAUUGCAACUACUCCUGCAGACUUGCACAGUGAUUGUUUGGGGUGAGAAGAGGUUUUGGGAGAAGUUGCGAUACGCAAUGCCGGAUUCAGCUGACAAGAGGCGGGAGAGCAAAAAUGGAACGUCUGAAAGGAAUCGCAUCCCGGCUCGUUACACGGCCGCUCCUCUCGCUGCGGACGCGUGGACAAAACCGGUCAACAACCUUCUGGUACCGAUUCAUGCCCCAACACCAACACCCACCCAGUCGACGUACAUGAGUUCUGCGUCUAGUAGAACCGAGGACGAGGACAGCGGUGCUGAACAUCAGCAUCACAUCAACAGUGAUUAUGGCGCAUUGCACGGUAGCAAUGUUCAACGUCCACCCAGCCUCUCAUCCCGAGGCAGUCAUCUCUACAGCACCAUUCCUGAACUUCCGGUACUCACGUCGCCCUCAUUUGGUAAUUCUUCAGUCCCAAUGAAUCCUCGUACUUAUUUCGUCUAAUUCCCCCUUUUUCUAAAUUCUAAUUUUUUCCAAAUCUCAAAAAAUUGAAAACAAACACUUGAAAUUAAUUCUAAAUUAAUUUCACAGUAGUUAUAAACUUUCAAUUAAAUUGUAAAUCUUAAAUUAUAUAAAUUAUUAAAAGAAAAAAUCGAGAAUGUAAAAUGGAAUGUUAGCAAGAGUUUUUUUAAAACAAUUUUUGUUUGCUUGAUACAACCAAAGAAGGAGUUAAAGGUUUUUUUGUUCGUAAACUAAAAAAAUAUUCUCUUGGGUAAAAUUUAUUUUGUUAUUUUCACAAUUCUCGAGACAAUAAUGCGUUGGCCGUGUGUUUUCUUUCAUUCUUUUUUUUUGGGGCGAAAUUUUGGUUGUUUCACUCAAACGUAAAUGCACACUUGACUGAAUGAAUUAAUGUUCGCUCACAGAGGCUUUAGCAGUUUGUACAAUGCAUUAUUGUUUCAACGCUACCGAGCGCGCGCACGCGGAGGACCGGAGAACAAAAUGAGAAUGUAAUUUCCUCAUUAAUUUUCUUUCUCGAAAGUGGAAUUGCUUUUCAACAAGAUCUCUUUCUCUCUAGCCCUUCCACGAAACUUUGGAUAUAUAUACACAUAUAACUGAAAAGCUUUGAGUAAAUUUUAGACUACGUGAUAUUGAAAUCUUUUGUUUAUAAUUCGCUUUCUAAAAAAGGGGAAAAGAUAUCUUAUUGAAAAGGAAUUUUACCACAACUUUUGUCUUGGAAAAUUGAAAUCCGAAAAAAGGUUCUUCUUGAAAAUAGGAAAAUAUUUUGCAAAAGGUUUAAAAAAAAAAUUCCCCUAAUGGUAAAAGAAUUGCUUUUACCAUUAGGGGAAAAGUUCAAUUUGCAAAAUAAUUUUUGAUUUACGAAAAAGGAUUCAUUCGCUAGAGAUACGAUUUUCGUAUAUGAGUAUUUAAUUAUUGAACUGAAAACGAUCUUCUAGCAAACAAUCUUUUGAUUAAUGAAAUUAAUUCAGCAUAGAUUUAAAGAUUUUUCGCCUUUCUCGUUUUUUCUGUUUCCUCUGCGGGGUAAUAAACCACAUUCGGUAAAUAUUGUGAGUCAAAAAUUAAUUCAUUUGACUAAAUCCAAAAAAAAGAUAAAUAUAUACAAUUUUAUUUUGCCGGUUUAUUCAAAGAAUUAAUUUUCGACACCUAUAAAUUCUUUUUUCCCGAAAAAAAACAUUUGAAAUUCUACCUGGUUCGCAUAAAUUUCUAACCAAUUUAUAAUGACAUCAUGUUACGGGAAAUGAUUACCAAAUUUAUAGUCUAUAGAUCGUAAUGUGAGUGCUUUAUUGUCUUAAAUUUCUAUUUUUAACGAGAAACUUUUUCUGUCAGGAUGGUUGUAACUGUGAUAAAAGAAAGAAAAAGGACGAGACUAUUCAAGAUUAGAAUAAAAAAAAAAAAAUGUUCGACGAAAAAAAAACAAGUCCAUGUGUGAGUAUGUAUGAGUACGAGAAUGAAUGAUAGAAUUGCUUCACAAAAUUAUGUAGUCAAAUAUCGUGCCAUUUUUUUUUUCUUCUUUUUUUUUGUCUUUUCUACGAAAUCAAUUCCCAUUUUUGUCGGAGAGAAAUUUCGACAAUUUUUUUUUAUUUUUCGAAGACAUAUAUAUGGGGAAAAUUUUAUGUGCAAAUUUUUUUGAGAAAUGCAAUAAAGAGUCGAUGUUAGUGUCUGACGAUUGUAUGAAAGAAAAACUUGGCUCAGUACUUGAAUAUAACUUUCUUUUUUUAUUAAUUUUUUUUUUUUAUUCAUUCUGAUCAAGUAUUUUUCAACCCGACUUUUGAUCAGAAUGAAUUUAAUUUUGGAAAUUUUGAUUAAAGCUCUUAAAAUUUACUUAUGAAUUGUUUUUCGAAAUUAAACAGUUAAAAUUAUGGAAUUAUUAAGAAACAUCAGGUAAUUGAGUCAGGUUUUUUUUUUAGCGAGAAAAUAACAAUAGGAAAAACUGUAUUUAAAAGUUCUUAUUUAUUCGACGUAAAAAUUUCAACAAAAAGAGUCAUUAUUUAUUGAGUGCUUUUCUCGCUUGGAUUUAUUUGGAGUUUAUUGACGUGAGCGCCGAGAAAAAUAGUCAUUACGAUAGCAUUUUCUUUUUUUUCCUUUCUCACACGCACAUUAAAUACCAAACUCACUUAUUUGACAAAGAAUUUUCUUCUCCUCGAUAAGAAUUUUAUUUUUCUCUUGAUUUCAAGUUGAUUUUCAAACUCUCCCAACAUGAUCGUAAAUUUUUCUCGGCGUACAUUAGUAAAGAAAAGAUCUGGGUUAUAACCUUUACGGGUGAAUGAUCAAGUUUUGUAGUUAUAUAGUUUGAUAACAAAAUGAGCGAGGCAUUAACAGUCGACAGUCAUAGAAACUGUAUAAUAUUGUGAGCGUGAUUUCAAAGGUUGAUAAUGUGUCAUUCGGCUGGUUCGAAAUGCAACAUUAUUCCUAACGGGAUUUAAUAAACGUGGUUUAUGGAUUCCACAGUGCACACUUGACUAUGUAUAUUAUAUAGUCUUUCUAAAAAAUUUUGUGCACUACAGACGACAAUUUUUUUUUCUAAAUCCAUUCAAUGGAACGAACUCAGCUUAUUGUAAAUAUAAAAAUCCAUAUAAUUUUAUUGUGAAUACUGUGAAUAAUUUGAAAUUAUUAAUUUCGAAUUGAUCAUCAAUGACUGAAAAAAAUAAGUGUCGGUGUAAUAUUUUUAACGAGACUAAUAUAAUAAUGUAUCUGUAAAUAAAUAAUUUUUAGUAGUGGCGUAAAAUCGAGAUUUGUGCGCGAGAGCAAAAAAAACACGUUGAGUCGUGAAUAAUCUCGUUCCUAAGACUUUUUUUUCCUCGACUGUCACAUUGACAGCCGCUCGACGCUUAUUAGAAUAUAAGAAAUUCGUUGUAAAUAAUGUACAUCUACUUUUUGUAAAUAAAAAAAUUGUAAUGAUAGAAAGGAAAAAAAAUUACAAUAAUAGAAAUAUGCGUGAAAAGAAAACUAGCGCUUAUAAUAUAAACUCGAUGUAAAUAAUUUCUGGCUGUCUAUUGUAUUUUGGCUCUUUAGUCAGUUUUUUUUGUUGUAAAAAAAAGAUAGCGAAAAUAAUCGCUAUUUGGAAAGAAGUAUAGGAGAAAUAAAAAAAAAGGUUUUUUCAUAAGAAAA